UAUACAAAGGGCUGGAUGUGGUGACAGCCAAGGCUACAGCUGCAGAGAGGGCCCUAGCCCCCCACCACCUGCUGGAUAUUCUGGAGCCCCAACAGAACUUCACGGUGGUUGACUUUAGGAACCGGGCGCUGAAGAUUAUCCAAGAGUUAACAGAAAAAGGGAAGAUCCCAAUAGUCGUCGGCGGCACAAAUUAUUACAUGGAAUCUAUCAUUUACAACAUCCUUGUAGAAGAAGAGUCCGAUUCUGAAGAACUUCUAUGGAAUAGAAGCACAAUGAAGAGAAAUAUUGAAGACGCUGGUCCUAGUAACGAUGAACCUAAUGCAAAACAUGCAGCAAAACAUGUCGAUGAAACAGAAUCUAACAAAGAUGAUAGUAAAACUAAAACAGAAAUUGAAAUAACUGAUGAUGUAGAUAAAGAAAAAGUGAAAUAUGAAGUAGAUAAUGAAAAACUGUUGACGAACGAAGAUAUACAUUUGAGAUUGAUGAGCAUAGAUCCGGUGAUGGCGGAGAGGUUGCACCCUAAUAACAGGCGGAAGAUGCUGAGAUCCAUCGAGGUGUGGCUCAAAACUGGGCGUCGUCACAGCGACAUACUGGAAGAACAAAAGCAAAGAGAAGGCUGUUUGCGGCGGCCUGACGCCACCGUAGUGCUGUGGCUGAAGUGUGAACAGAAAGUCCAUGACGAGCGAUUGGACAAGCGUGUGGACGACAUGUUGGAGCAAGGUCUCAUCGUGGAGUUACUCGACUUCCACCAACGGCAUAACAAGCAGAGGCUGAAGGAUGGAAAGCCACCAGACUACACCCGCGGCAUUUUCCAAACCCUCGGCUUCAAGGAGUUCCAUGACUACCUCAUGCUGACCGAGGAAGAGCGGCAACGCCGCCCGGACUUGCUGCGGCAGAGCAUUGAGAACAUGAAGAUGGGUACGCGACGGUACGCGCGCCGGCAGAAUAAGAUGGUCAAGGGACGGUUCCUGGAGCAUCCUAAUAGGGAGGUUCCACCAGUUUAUGAAUUGGACACAACGGACGUUUCAAAAUGGGAAACUCAAGUGAAAGAGAAAGCAAUAGAGAUAAUUGAAAGUUAUCUGAAUGGAACAGAAUGUAAAUAUGAACCAUUGAAAUCGGAAACUAAAGAAGCGAAAAAGGAUAUCAAUCCAUUUUCUAACAAUUACUGUGAUGUUUGUAGAAGAGUACUCAUUGGCGACAAGGAAUAUGGGAUCCACUUGAAGUCGAAUAAGCAUAUGAAAGUUUUGAAGAAACGAAAACUGGAAGAGAAAAAGAAACUAGAAUUGGAGAAAAAGAAAUUAGAAUCGCAGGCAGAAUCUGGUAAUAGCGAUAAUGUUAAAGUUUAGUUAUUUUGAUUCAUUAGCGUGUUGAAUAAAACAAGCUGUUCAACUAAAAAUCUAUUUUUAAUAUAACGUAACCCUUAAAUAUUUACAAACUACUAAUUA